AUGUGGCCCGGAGCCCUGCAUCUAUUCUCACAGGGGGGCGAAGUCGAAGCCCCGCAGAGCCCCGCACGCCCUGAUGCGGUGGCGCACGCACGUCCUCACCUUCAUGUCACGGGUCCCGCCCCGCCCGACUUCCGACUUCCGACGGGUCUUCUGUCGAUGGAAAUCUGCACGGAACACUGCACGAAGGGCGGUGUGGGUGACAGUGUGCCCCUGGGUUCGCAGUCGCGCCCACGGCGUGUGCUCAUCGCUCAUCGCCCAGGCGCCCUAGCCUGUCUGUCAGGCGUUGCUGGCGACGCCACGUCUCGAAACCCACCAAGGUUUGGCUUGGCGCCGCAGACGUCAGCGUCGGCGCGGUGGGCGCAACGGUCGCGGAAUCGGAGCGAUGUCGACUUCUCGAGGCCCAAACUAUCUUACCAGGCGUGCCCUUCGACUCUCAGGCGGUCGGAGUCGGAGUCUAUGUGCUUUUCGUCGGGCGAGGAGGCUCGCAUGGAGAAUGCACAGGCCUGCGAAAGCAAUCCACUGCCCGCUGUGAGCGAGACGUCGUGUACCCUGCACCGUGGCCGAAAUAGAUCUGCGUACCUUACCAUGGGUUCGCGAGUGAAGAUCGAUUUCCAAUUCUGUUCGCCCGUGUUGACACCGAUAGAACACCGAACUCGGAUGCCAAGCCAGGCGUCCGCAGAAGUUGCUCAGCCGAAAAACUCAUUCUUCGUCGAUGGCCAGAGGGAAGAAAAAAAUAGCAAAUCGGCUCGUAGGGCACUGGGAGUAUGUAUACGGCGCGGGUACUGUACGGAUGGCAUGGCUAUAGCGGAGGACAGAAAUACAACAGUCGACGGGGCCCGGGUCGAGCAAGACAGACAAACUGGGAUGAUGAUAGCUGGACAACGAAACGGUGACAUGAGACUGGACGACACGAGAGCAACGAAUUAUGUAGGAACGUAA